CUUUUCUUUAUUUUCAGUAAAGUCUGAACACCUGAAGACUUGAAGAAUACCAUCCACGAAACAGCAGCCAAGCCUGAUUAGAUUAGACCACAAGUUACCAUUAACAAGUCAAGUCUGCAUAGAUGUAGCACUCUACAAGCAACCUUUUCAAGCCAGUCCAUACAAGCACAACAGCCUACAAGUCCUAGCGUUCACUAGGGUAGACAGAAACUACUGCAACUCCUACGUCAAUUGUGAAAAGAGGCUGGCAGGUCGUUACCGGCACACCAAAGCACGGCACAAGAAACUGAGUGACAUCUGAGGACCAAUUUUACCCCACUACAAGCCAGUUUUUAUCACCGCCAAGCCUCGUCAAAGUCUUCUCACACAUCCUGGCACAAACAAACAAAUAUAAAAAAAACAAAACAAACAAAAAAUAAAAACAAAAAUAACAAAAAUAAAAAAAAGACGUGCAUUUCCAAAAGCCGCCCCCCCUUUUCCCUCCUCCCCUCGUCUUUUUAAUAACCGAGCAUUCUGUAAUCCAGUCUCGUCGCAAGAAUCUGUGUUAAGUAGAAUCUUUGUUGACCAAAGCCUCAGUGUAUUAGAUGUAUCGUUUAGCCCUUGUGUCCUUUGGAUUUUGGGCGAAUUAGAAUUUUUUCCUUUUAUUUUUUCCUUUCUUUUCUUUUCUUUUCUUUUUUUCCUGUCUAGUGAAUGUUUAAAUUUGUUUUGAGACACAAAAUUAUCUUCUGAAGAAACUGGAAAGUCUCAAAUAUUUAUUCUUGCUCUGUACUUUUAUUGAAAUUAUAAAACUCUAAUAUUUGUUGACAAAGGUCUAAGUGUCUCAUAUGUUUCUUGUGUUAACACUGUAAACAUUGUUCCUAUAUAUAACAAGUGUGAAAAAAGAAGAAGAGAAUUUUAAGCGAAACUAAGAACUCCCAAGCGAUCAAGUAGUACCAACGCCAGCCAACCAUGGAUCCUCAGUGGACUUUAUUCCAGCCGCCAAUCUCAGAACCAGCAGUACUGGACUACAAUGGGGGAACCCUGCACCACCACAAUCGAUACAACGGCUUCUACGAGUCUCCCGGCUCUGGUCACCACCAGUCCCGCAAUUCCCACAGUAGCAUCCCCCCGCCCUCUCCUACCUUCAGCUCCUCCAGCUCCCACCACAACAUGUUCUCGUCCACAUGAACAACCAGAGCAACCAGCAGUCCUCCCAGUCCAACCACCAGACCAGCCACCACUCGCAACAGCACUCACAGCAGCCACAGACAUCGUCUCAGGGUCCCCCGCGAUCGCCGCAACUCUCCACCUCUUCGUCCAACUAUUACAGCUCCAACUCCAGCUCCCAGUACACCCCUCCAGUGGCAGACUUCAAGAUCGGCACCUUCACCCUUAACGCCAAUGGCUUCCCUUCCGAGUCCAACGGCCCCGAGACAACUAAUUCUUACUCCCACACCAAUGGCCUCUCCAGCAACAACAGCCAGAGCGUGAGGGAAACUGGAAUUAUCGAGAAGCUUCUGCAAACCUAUGGCUUCAUACAGUGCUGUGAGAGACAGGCAAGACUCUUUUUCCACUUCUCACAGUUUGAUGGUAAUACUGAGCACCUACGUAUUGGUGAUCCUGUUGAGUUUGAAGUGACCUUUGAUCGUCGCACUGGUAAACCUAUUGCCUCGGCAGUUACCAAGAUAUCCCCGGAAGUGGUUUUGAGUGAGGAGAGGGUGAUUGGUAUCGUGACAACUGAACUGCGUAGUGAGUCAGGUGGUGAGCACCAGGGCCGAAUCACCUAUGAGAAUAGGGGUGAGUGCUUCUUCCUCCCCUAUGGCAAGGAGGACGUGGAGGGCUAUGUGACUCUUAAGCCUGGAGACAAAGUCAGUUUCCAGAUCGCUACCAAUCAAAGGACAGGCAACUUAGCGGCGAGGCAUGUACGCCUAGAGAAUCCAGCUCAGCCUGUGAAGUACCAAGGAGUUGUUAGUGGCAUCAAGGACUCGUACGGGUUCAUCGAGAGAGCAGAUGUAGUGGACGAGAUCUUCUUCCACUUUUCGGAGGCCAAAGGCAUCACUGGAGGCCUCAAACUCGGGGAUGAUGUUGAAUUCUACAUUCAGACUCGUAAUGGCAAAGAAGUUGCAGCCAACAUGGUGAAGCUGAACCCGGGUACUGUUGUGUUUGAAGACAUCAACCAGGAGAUGAUCAAAGGUCAAGUACUCAAGCCCAUUGAGAAGAACUCCCGCCUCUACCAGAAGGACCCCCUGGACGGACGCAUCCGUUAUAGGGGAAAAGACCGCUCAGAAGUGGAGGUGAAAUUUGGAGCGGACCAGAAGGGUGACUUCACCUUGCGCCAUGGAGACUGGGUCCAGUUCAACAUUGCAACAGAUAGGAGAGAUCACCUGCAGAAGGCCACAAAUAUCUCUCUGCUUGAUGAAAGCUUCAAGGUGUCUGGCGAAAAGCGUGAACAGGGAGUGAUCGUCGCUCUGAAAGAAGGCUUCGGCUUCAUCAAGUGUGCUGAUCGGGAUGCUCGCAUGUUUUUCCAUUACAACGAACUCUUAGACCCAGAGCAUGAGAUCGCUAUCAAUGAUGAAGUGGAAUUUACUGUAGCUCAGGAUACAACAAAUCAGUCACCGAAUCGCCAAAGUGCCAUUCGCAUCCAGAGUCUGAAGAAGGGCACUGUUAAGUUUGAGGUGUUGGUGAAAGAAGGACUCCAAGGACAAGUUACAGUGGAAGCUCCAGGUAGCCCUAGGAGCCCCCACAAGAACAGCCAGAUGUUAACCACUGAAAAAAUGCAGGAACCUGGAGUCAUCUCAUACACUUUAGACGGAGUGAAGCAGACUAUAAACUACUAUGCUAAUAACUGUGAUAAACCUUUGCAAAGUGGAGAUAAGGUGGAAUUCAGCAUAUAUCAGGUAAAGCGAACCAAGGAGCUUGUGGCAAUGGGGAUUCGACUGGUGCGAGGCCAAGCAUCUGUCCGCCCAACGGCCAAUAACCUCACUUCUGCUGCCACCACUGGAUUGUCUUUGCGCUCUAGCCAGACCAAUGCCCCAAGCACACCAAGUAAUGGGAAUGUCACCAGCAACAGCAGUACUAGCAUUAAUGGCAAGAGCAACACCCCUGGCCCUCGUCCCUCUGCCACACUACACCAGGGCUUCGUAGCAGCUCUCAAGGACACCUUUGGUUUUAUUGAGACCAUAUCUCACGACAAGGAGAUCUUCUUCCACUUCAGCAAUGUUGAAGGUGAUGCUAACAACCUUGAGCUUGGGCAAGAAGUGGAAUAUACCUUGUCAUCCCGCACUGGACCUGGGGGCAAAGUGUCUGCGGAAAAUGUGCGAACACUUGCCAAGGGAACUCUGCAGAUGCCAAAGAUUCUGGGUGACAUAUUUGAAGGAACUGUUCUUCGAUCAAUGCGAUCCAUCAACCCAGACCAAGAAGAAUACUCGGGCCUUGUGUGUGUAGGCAAUGAAGAUGAGGGCUUAGAGCAGUAUGAGUUCGGGAUAACAGGUGUUGUCAACAAGCGUGAGUUACUUCAGCCCGGAGACCAGGUGACCUUCCAGCUGGAUGAGUCAAGGAGAGCUGUCAGCAUCAGGGCCAUUCGCAAGAAGCUCAUUGCGACUGUUGAUGCUGUCAAGGGACAAUAUGGUUUCCUGAACCAUGAGACCGAGGAGGGGAAGAAGCUGUUCUUCCACCAGUCAGAAGUGAAAGACGGAACCAUACUCAGUCCUGGGGAUGAGGUGGAGUUUGUCAUCAUCACCAACCAGAAGACGGGCAAGUCAUCUGCUUGCAGCAUCUCGCGAAUUAUGUCAAAGACCGCCCCAUCGCAGAGGCCUGACCGCCUGAUCAGUCGGCUGAAGAAUCUGAACUGUGACACAAGCAAGCCACGCAUGACUGUCCUCCGACAGCCCAAAGGUCCGGAUGGCUCUAAAGGUUUUAAGCUGCAGCGCACAAUAUCAGAGUUACAGAGCCAGGUUGUCCCCUAGCAUGUUGCUUCCCAGAAGGAAUCGGAGUCAGUUGUCAGUUUUACUUGCCUGUUGUUGAACCCUUUUUAUCACUAAGAUACAAAUGUCAGAUUCGUGUUUUUAAAAUUGUACUACAUGCUGUUGAUACUAUUUUUGAUCAAUUCAAGUGCAUUCCAUUCGCGGCUCCUGAGGAUAGAGAGAGAACAUUUAAUUGGCGUUGAGGUUAGUCCAGUGGAAAAGAUUAUCGAGUCAGAUCAACACCUGAGUUGAAAUUACUCCUGAUAUAUGGAAAAUGAAAUAUAACUGAUGAUGAGAAAAUUUUUAAAGUUUUAAUAAUAAUUCCCAAGAUGCUGGUGAGUUGAGGGGAAAAGAAUGUACAUGAUUGACAAUAUAAGACAGAGGGUAUUUGUCAAGCAGGAGGCAAUUCGCAAAUUCAAGAGUAUGUAUUGCAGAAGUAUAUUUCCACCCAAAAACAAACAAACAAAAAAGAUCAACAUUAACAUGAGCAAAAACAUCUUCCCUUUGUAAAGGACAGCAUAAAUCAAGGGUGUCACCGACGGAUUGUGGUGGUGUUUGAAAGGGUGGGUCCAUUCAGCCAUGCAGAGCCACAUUGUAACCCAGUAUUGCCGAGAAACUAUUUGAGUGAGUGUAACGAAUGUGUUCGCAACAAGUUUUCCUAUACGAGGCCGCUUAGGGUGAUGAGGUGUCCCCUUUGUUUCUUUUCUUUUCUUUUUUUUUCCAUUAUUUUCCUUUUCUUCUGGUUUUAUUUUUUAUUAUUGCUUUUGUUGCUUUCCAAGCAUCUUUUAGUAGUCUAGUAUGGCUUUAUGAUAGAGUAGGUCAUCAUACUUUGCAAAGACUUAGAACUACUGAUUGUCUCCCAGUUGAGUGAUUGGCUUCAAGAUAAAGCGAU